AUGCUCGGCUUCCGUAUCUGGCUUCUUCUGGAUCAAUAUUGGCCGGGGAGGUGUGUGAGUGCCUUUUCGGGGUCCCGGUCUGUUCUACUGUCCUUGCUGAACGCCCAGGGAAUACAAAACAGAUAUGGCGAAAAGCCGAGGGAGAUAUUACCCAGUGGGACUUUUUGUCUCUACGUAUGCAAACUAUCUCGAGCAUCACCAGCGGCUGAAACAUCGCCGUCAGCUAACCAAUGGACAUACCAAAGUAACCCGAUACAACCUUUCGGGAUCUUUUCGUCGUAA